AUGUCUUCUAAUCAAGAGUCUAACCAAUCUUAUGAUAUCAACCAAUUGAAAAUACCUAAAGUUAGACACCAAACUUCAAAUGUCGCUCAGGCAACUCCAAGGAUGUUGCGUAACGCCUCAAACUCGGCUAAUCUAUCCGAUGAAUAUAAUAUCAACCCCGACUACCAAAUCCCUCAAAGAACUCCAUCGAAAAGACUGCCUAGUGUGCAUGAAAGAACAGUGUCUCAUUCCAACCAAUUGGAGUCCAAUCAUGGACUGCUUCCAGGAAUGGAUGCCAACCAAGGCAACCAUUCUCCUCUACGAAGAAGAACAACACAACAAGCUCCGUCAACUCCUAGUCGAAUAAAUCCAAAUAAUCAACAUCAUUUAACUCCUCAACAAAAGACCCCGCUACAGCAGCAGCAACAACAACAACAACAACAACAACAACAGCCACCACAACAGUUCCACAGAAGAUCUAUUGGCGACUGGGAAUUCACUAAAACCGUUGGAGCUGGUUCAAUGGGUAAAGUGAAACUCGCUAAACAUAGAUUAACUCAGGAGGUUUGCGCAAUCAAAGUUGUAACAAGAGCCUCCAAAGUCUGGCAGAGACAGCACAUGAAUGAUGCACCUACUAGUGAUCCGAACGAAUUGGCUCAAAGGAAGAAGGAAUACGAAAAGGAAAUUGCUAGGGAUAAAAGAACAAUCAGAGAAGCAGCUCUUGGUAAGAUUCUCUACCAUCCUUACAUUUGUAGGUUGUAUGAAAUGUAUUCAAUGUCAAACCACUACUAUAUGCUAUUUGAAUAUGUCUCGGGUGGUCAAAUGUUGGAUUAUAUCGUUGCUCAUGGUUCUUUAAAAGAAUCUCAAGCUAGAAAAUUUUGCCGGGGAAUCGGCUCUGCACUAUCUUAUUGUCAUGCUAACAAUAUUGUUCACAGAGACUUGAAAAUUGAAAAUAUCAUGAUAACUAACCAUGGUGAAAUCAAAAUCAUUGAUUUCGGCUUGUCAAAUCUAUACAAUCAUGAACAUUUGCUAAAAACUUAUUGUGGCUCCCUAUAUUUUGCAGCUCCUGAAUUGCUAUCAGCUAAACCUUAUAGAGGCCCGGAAGUUGACAUCUGGUCAUUUGGAGUUGUCUUGUUUGUUUUGGUUUGUGGUAGAGUCCCCUUUGACGACAAAUCCGUUUCAAAUCUACAUGAAAAAAUUAAAAAGGGCCAUAUUGAUUACCCAAAUCAUUUGACUCCAGAAUGUGUUGAUCUUUUGAAGAAGAUGUUGGUUGUUGAUGUCACAAAGAGAGCCAAAAUAGGUGAAAUUCUAUGUCAUAAGUGGAUGAAUAAAGGUUAUGGCAAUAUAGUAAAUAGUUACCUACCAGAGAGAAUUCCGCUCCAAUUACCCUUGGAUCCAGAAAUCAUAUCUGAAAUUUCGAACUUGAAUCUUGGUUCAAACGAAGUUGAAAUACAUUCAGAAUUAACCGAGAUCUUAACUUCAAGCUAUUAUCAUAGAUGCGUAUCAAAUUGGAUUGCUAAAAGGAAUGGCGAAAGAUACGAUCCUAACCUGUUAGAUCCAACCAAGGGCUUUCACCCCCUUGUUUCUAUUUAUUUUUUGGUGAAAGAGAUGAUAGCUAGAAAGAGGGCUAAGUCACUGCAAAAUUCAAAUAGCAAUGCCGCCGAAACGUUCAAGCAACAUUCAAAUCCUGGUCAAUACGUAACUCCACAAAUAGAACAAAAUCCUGUUUUCAAUGUAACUUCGCCACAUCCAAAUAUGGUACAUGAACCCCAAAAUAGAAUAGUAACCCAACCUGUUCCACAGCAAUACCAACAUACCAACAAGAAUGGUGUGGGGCAAUAUCAAUCUGAAAAUAACACUCAAAAUCUUCAGCCUGCUCCACUUUUGUCCUCCAGUUCAAACAAAGGACAAGUACCUCCUUUGAAGAAUCCAAAACAAAUCCAAUCUGAAACUGAAUCUCAUAAUCCUGAUAUGAGUAUCCAUGUUCCUAAUCCUGCAUUCAACCUACCUUUCCCAGAAGCGGCUUACACUUCUCCCCAUGAAGAUGUUUCCUCACAUUCGUUUAAUCGGCAUGCUGCUAAUCCUAUCAACGAAUCCACCCCGCCUCCUCAGCAACAACCAUCACCAAUUGGUGAAUCUGGUAUUAACUCAUUAAUGAGGAAAAUCAGUACUGGUAACAAAAGAAAGGAUGAUGUGCAUAGAGUUGCCAGUGUUAAGGUUACAUCCAAGGAAAAGCAACAAUUACAGGUUCCGUCUGCUUCCAACCAGUUAUCCAUGUCUUCGGCUACAAGAAAGCAUAUACCUCAUCAUCAACGUGCUACAUCAGCUUACACUGCCUCUAUCUUCAAUCCUGAAAAUAUGCAACGUCAAGAUCAAAAACCACUUCAACAUUCCUCAAGUAUGCGUAAAUACCAUCCAUCGGCUAGAGCUAAUUCCAUGGGUCAUUCCAGGAAACAUUCUCUUACUUUCACUAAAUCAGGCACUUACACUGUCGACAAGAACGCACCACCAUUGCCAAGCUUCAAUACAAAUGGAACUGACUAUGAUGGAUUCUUUGACGAUGAGAUGGACAACAUUGUAUUUGACGAUAACGAGAAACCAAUGGCAAAGCUUACCGAUAAAGAGAUUAUUGAACAAUUUGAGAAGGCACCACCCAAUUCGAUGCCAUCCAUUGAGUAUCCGAAAACCUUGUUUCUUAAGGGUUUCUUUUCUGUCCAAACGACAUCUACCAAACCUUUACCUAUAAUCAGAUACGACAUUAUAACUGUAUUACCUCAAUUGGGUGUUAAAUUCGUUGAAGUGAAAGGUGGGUUCAUAUGUGUGCAUUACCCAUCAAUUAUUGAUUCACCAAAGAAACCAUUCAAAUCACAUACUAGGGCAAGCUCAAUAUCUAGUCCAGCAAAGUCUAUUCAUGAGCAACAAUAUCACCAACCAGGAAUUGACAACGUUAUGGAUGAUAAUAACGGUAAUAGCAACUACGUUGAUCAUGAGGGCCAUUUAAAUAAAACUAAUGACACUGAUGGUUUGAAAACUCCGACUCUUAGCGACACAUCUUCAAAUGGACUGAAAUCUAAGGGCUCCUUAACUAACGACCAACAUGCAGUAGAUACAACUAGCUACAAUUCUUCUGAUAGAUUAUCCAACUCUUCUGUAGUUACACCGUCUAAGUCGAACUUUGGUCAUAGGAGGAAAUUUUCCCUGGGUAAUGGUAUCCUGGGUCCAAGAAAAGGUGAAAAGAUUGUUGUAUCUACAGAUGGCCAAAAUUAUAAUGUUGAGUAUAAUAUUCCAAAUACACCGGCACCUGCAAAUUUGAACCGCCACUCCACGGAUGAUAGUUCUGAGUCUCUAACGCUGGAUGAUACAAAUGGGGCAAGUGAUAUGCUAGUUUCCAGCAGAUUGGAGCAACAGAAUUACAUUAGAUCACCAACUAUAGGUGGUGCCCAAGAGAGUGCAUGUACCAAAAGUAGAAGCUCCAAGACACCACUUAAAUUUGAAAUUCAUAUUGUGAAAGUUCCAUUGGUUGGCUUGUACGGUAUCCAAUUCAAGAAAGUUAGUGGUAAUACAUGGUUAUACAAGUCCUUGGCAAGUGAAAUUUUGAGCAGGCUAAACUUAUAG